AUGAAAGGUUGCAUUCGACAAAUCGAACAUCUGAAUCCUAGUGGAGCAUCGGAACAAGAUAUUUUAACUCGUGCCAAAAUGUUAUUUGCACAAGACCCAAAAUACACAAAGGGUUUCAAAUUUGAUCAUGUCUGGAAUAUUCUCAAAGAUAUUGAAAAAUUUGGCACUGACACUAUGAAUACUGCAUCCAUGAAAUCGCGACAACAAAAUGCUAAUGCUGAUAACGGUGGUAGUUCUAUUAAACGACCUCCAGGGGUGAAAAAAGCAAAAAUGAAGAAAAAGAAUGAUGAACAGAUUGCAAAGGUAAUUAAUAUUAAUGCUCAACUUGUUGAGGCAAUGAAUGCAAGUACUGCUGCUAUUACAAAAAUGGCAGACACUAUGCUUUACAAGGAAGAAACCAAAAUUUUAUUCAAAGAUUUGAACUCGAUCUCUAACCCGAUGAUGCGUGAAUAUAUUCGCAAUUAG